UGGCUGUCGACAGCGUCCCUGACCAAGGAGAGAAGAUCAGACAAUCUGAGAAGAGCGAAAAAGACAGACUGGCUGCAAAAUCUGUAAAUACAAGGAGUCAAGGAAUCCCAAGUGGAAUGAUAUUUCAUAAAAGCCCUCAGUAUUCUCUUUAAUGAUGUUAAGAGCUGGAGUGAAGUGUCAAUGUGCUUUCAACCUCUUAGCAACCAGAAGAUUUCACAAGCGAUGUCCUCAGGUCUAGGAUGUCUCUCAAGCAGUUGUGUGACUAUGCAAUACCAUCUGUCGCCGAACUAGAGAACUUCCUGUUGGCUGACAGACAACCAACUGGACAUGUCAACCAAGUGUGGCCUAAUGUGUACAUUGGCAAUGAGGUUGCGGCACGAGACAAGCCAAUGCUGUAUAAUAUGGGGAUCACACACAUUGUGAAUGCCGCCAGUGGACCUCCUCACGUCAACACCGGACCUUGCUUUUACAGAGAUAUGUCUAUAGAUUACUAUGCGGUGGAGGCUGAUGAUUCUUCAGACUUCAUGAUGAGCGUGUUCUUCUAUCCAGUAGCAAGGUUUAUUCGAGCAGCUUUAUCAAAAAACGGAAAAGUGUUUGUCCAUUGUCUGAUGGGAGUGAGUCGCUCAUCCACCCUGGUGUUGGCCUUCCUCAUGAUCUGUGAAGAUCUGACUUUAAUGGAGGCCAUUAAAGCUGUACGCCAGCACAGGGAUAUCUUUCCAAAUCGCGGCUUUCUUAACCAGCUUCGACACCUCGACAUGAGCCUUGUCCGUGAGAGGAAGAGAAAACUGGAAGCGAACAAAUUAACAACUCAACAGGCAUUUCGCUUUCAAGCCGAAUACACAACGACAUCUAUAUCUGACCUGAUGAGUCUGCUGCUGACCAACAGACAACGAUUUGGACCUGUCAGUCACAUAUGGCCUGGCCUGUAUAUAGGAGAUGAGUCAUCGGCACGUGAUAAACGACUCCUAUCUGAUUUGGAAAUCACGCACAUUGUAAACUGUGCUGACGGUGCCCAUCGCAUCAACACAGGCGCUCGAUUCUACUCAGACAUGAACAUAACUUAUUUUGGAAUAGAGGCUUCAGAUCAUCCACAGUUCGAUUUAAGCCAGUAUUUCAGCUCUGCUGCAUCCUUCAUUAAAUCUGCACUCGCUCAAAACGGUAAGGUGUUGGUCCACUGCGCGAUGGGAGUCAGUCGCUCUGGAGCUUUGGUUUUGGCUUUCCUUAUGAUCUGCAAAGAUCUCCCCCUUACGGAUGCCAUCAUCGCUGUUAGGUUAAACAGGGACAUCUGCCCCAACUCAGGUUUUCUAGAACAGCUGAGAGCUCUGGAUGAACAUUUAAGCACAGAGAGGAACACAUAACAAACUAAAGAGUAUGUGCAUGGUGCAUGCCUGUGCAAAUCUCUGGAUCAUGUUUAAGUGGUUGCUAGGUGUUUCCUGUGUGAUGCUAGACAGACAGGGCAGAUCUUUCUUGAAAAAAUACAAGCGCACCUUAACUGGCAUAAACUGUGUGGGAUGAGUUACAUGCAACAGUUUUGUCCACAAGCAAUACUAAUAGCAAUGCUUUUAGACACACAUACAGCUUUACUGUAUGUCAAACAUGUCAAGGAUGAACUGCUGUAAUGUGGUAUGGCUAUAAUCUUCUUUCCACAGAGAGAAGCUAUAAAUAUUGUAGCUAUUGUGCGGAUCUAUCAGGCAUGAAGAAUACCGCUCUGCUGCAAACAUAAUUCUUUACAUUUUCUACAUUACAGAGGUUAAAAUGCAUUUUAAAAGAAGUACAUAAAAUGCAGUGUCUAA